UAUAAUAAUUACACGUUAUUCCAUGUAGGUAUGUUUUUUUUUAGGUAAAUUAAGCAAUAUAGUAAUAAUAAUAAUGGUAAAAAUAAAGACAAUUGAUAAUAAUUGUCGACUCUGUUUUAAAAAACUCAACGAAAAUAAAUACUCAUAUAUAUUUGAUAAAUUUACUGAUGAAAACCAGGAUGAAUCUCCUCUGUCAUCUAAAAUUAUGGUCUGCUUGUCACUCCCGGUGUAUGACGGCGAUGGAUUGCCAAACAAAGUUUGUAUUCCUUGCAAAGACGAGGUAACUAAGUUCUAUUACUUUCGUAAAAAAUGUCUGAGGACGUAUAAUUCAUUAGUGCAGGAAUUUCUUGAUAAAAAUAAUUAUUCUUUGAUAAAUAAUGCAGUAGUUGAAGCAAAAGAUGAACAAGAGGAAGUAAUUGACGAAGAGUUUAUCGAUAGUGGCUUUGAAGAAGCUGUCAAAGUAUCAGAACUUGCAGUUACAGAUUCAGAGAUUAUUUUUAAUGAUAAUAAAGCUGGAGAUGGAGAUGGAGAUGAUGAGGAAAUAGUUCAUGAAGAGUUUAUUGAUAGUGGCUUUGAAGAGGCUGUCAAAAAAUCAGAUGUACUUUUAGAAAAUAUUUAUAAUGAUGAGAAAGUUUUAGAUGAACACGUCGAUGAAGAAUAUUUGAGUAACAAUUUAGAACAUAUCAAUGAGUCUGAAUUAAGAGUGGACAAUUCUGUCGAUUCCGAUUUUCUGGAAAGUGGAGCGAAAACUUGUGCUUUGGAUAAGAGUAACAAAAGUAUUCUGAAAGAAUACAAAUGUUUUUAUUGCCAGUCGGUGUUUGACAGCUACAAUGGAGCUGCCCAGCACUGUAUUGAAUGUGUCGGGUCUAAACAGCUUGCAAGUGGACACGAUGAAGCUUCAAAAGACGACUGUAAGGAUGGAGAUGAGUUGUAUUCAGACUAUGAAUUCAUGGAGGUCUUGGACAACGAAAAUAAUGAGGCCAAGGAUUCAACUGAUGAGGUUGAGUUCAUUGAAGAAGCGUAUUGUGAUAGUGAGGAGUUGGAGGCUAAGGAUCAAGAUACUGGUCAAGAAAUUGAAGAUACUAAUCAAGUGAAAGCAGAAGUUGGUGAAGAAGAAAUUUUAAUUGAAAAAAUUGAUGAUGAAUAUUUAGAACCGGGUGAUGAAAUUAAUUUGGAUAGAGAUAAAAAUAAAGAUCCUGAUUUACCGGUAGAAAAAAAUAAAUCUGAUUCUCAGCCGAGUCCACAAGUGCGGACCAAAAGAAUUUAUCGUAAGCGAAAAAUAUACCCAGAUAAUUAUCCGUGUCCUGAAUGUAGUAAACCUUUCGCUUCUCGAAGUUUAAUGAAACGUCACUUCUUGAUCCAUACUGGCGAGCGUCCUUAUGUGUGUGAGACCUGCGGGAAACGUUUUUCCCAAGUAGGGGCUUUGAAUUUCCACAAAAAACUCCACAUGAACCCACCGUACCGAUGCGAAACCUGCGGUAAACCUUUCAUGCGCCCCAGUGACAUCGAUAAGCACUCGCGAAUUCAUACGGGAGAGAAACCAUUCACGUGCCAUAUCUGCGGUAAGAACUUCGCCCAGCUGGUGGCCGUUCAGCAGCACGAGAGGAUUCACACUGGAGACAAGCCUUAUCAAUGCAAUAUCUGUGGAAAAUUUUUUUCACAAAACGCCAAUAAGAAGAAACACGAAAAGAUCCAUCAAAAAGGCGCGAAACCUUUCGUCUGUGAUAUAUGCGGCCGUAGUUUCGCUGACACCGUUGAGAUGGGACUGCACAAGGCCGGUCACGGAGGAAAAAAAGCCCGGCAGUGCGACUUUUGCGGUAUGCGGUUCAAAAAGUUUUCCGAGGUUGUUAGUCACGUAAGAAGAUUUCAUACUUUCGAGCGGCCUCACACUUGCGAAUUUUGCAGUAAAGCUUUUUAUUCGAUCUACAGUUUGAAGCAGCACGUCAUGAUUCACACGGGACAGAAACCUUUUGCUUGCAGUGAAUGCAAUAUGAAAUUUACUCAGAAAGGAAAUUUAGCUAAACAUUUUGCAAGGAAACAUCCUGAUAAAAAUUUGAAAGAUAACAAAAGUAUCAAUAAUAAUAAUAAUGACAAUAGCAACAAAGAAAGUGAUGAAAAUUCAGCAGAUAAAUCUACUGAAGUUGAAAGUAAAUGAAAUAGUAAUGAUAAAAAAUUUUUUAAAUAAAAGUAAAACGCACAAUAUAUAAAAAUAUUAAAUUUAUUUUUAUUUGGUCAUUUAAUUUAAAUGAUAAGUUUUAAAGUAAACAAAUUUUUAAUUGCUUGUAAUUAUUUUAUUUGCAAUGAAAAUUAUGAUCUUGGUUAGCAGACAGUUAACAAUUUUUGGAUUUCUUUUCCAAAAAAUUAAUUACAAAAAAAA